UGUUACGAUUCCUUGUGCCCAAUUUCUAGAUAAUAUCAGACAUUUGCACCUUGCAACGGCAUUCAUUUGUUGACCGAAUAUCAGCCUCUCAGCCUCGUCCCUAGUCCUGCAUGAACACGGAGCUUCAAAUAAUUUGCCGAUUUUGACGAAGUCCGAGAAGCUCUUUAUUUUCUUUAGGGCCGACAAAACCUUCAACGGUAAACUUUCAUUGAGAAGCUUCAGGCGACUCUACUGGAACACAGAGAGUGAGGAGGGCCAUGUCCCUGGGUUCUCGAGUUGCUAGCCUGUUCUCCGGAUCAACCAAUACGCAGCAAGGCCGAGAAAAGUUGGACUUUGUUGAUGAUGGACUGCCAGCUGGGAAGCAGACUUUCGCAGAUGUCAAUUUGGGAAUACCGGGGCUUGGGUCGGAUACCAUGGCAUCGCAAACGGACGAAGAGGAGGGAAGGCCACCCUAUCUACAUUCCAUGAUUGCGGGAGGACUGGGCGGAACGACUGGAGAUCUUUUGAUGCACUCUCUUGAUACUGUCAAAACUCGUCAGCAAGGCGAUCCGCAUAUUCCGCCGCGAUAUACUUCGAUGUCAUCCUCCUACGGUACCAUCCUACGUCAAGAAGGACUGCGGCGGGGUCUCUACGGUGGUUGGCUGCCAGCUUUACUUGGAUCUUUUCCAGGGACAGUGAUCUUCUUUGGAACUUAUGAAUACAGCAAACGGCAUAUGAUAGACGCUGGGAUCACUCCUCAGUUUGCAUAUCUGUCCAGUGGUUUUGUUGCAGACUUCGCUGCCUCGUUCAUCUAUGUUCCCUCUGAAGUUCUUAAAACCCGCCUUCAGCUACAGGGUCGAUACAACAAUCCCUUUUUCCAGUCCGGGUAUAACUAUAAAUCAACUUCCCAUGCUGCCAGGACCAUCAUUCGCCAAGAAGGCUUCUUUGCAUUGUUCUACGGCUAUAAGGCUACCAUUUUUCGAGACCUCCCAUUCUCCGCCUUGCAAUUUGCAUUCUACGAACAAGGCCAGAAUUGGGCUAGGCAGUGGAAAAAAAGUAGGGAUAUCGGAUUACCACUGGAACUGUUAACUGGUGCUGCUGCUGGAGGACUUGCUGGUGUGAUUACUUGCCCAUUGGAUGUUGUCAAGACAAGAAUCCAGACGCAAGUCAACCCAGCAGCGCGGGCAACAUUCCAGAAAACUCCACAGAACUGUUCAUCAACAAAGACGGAUAGUUCCCCAAUCAAGCAACAAAUACGAUCCAUUUCCACCUCUUCACCUUCUACACAUACGCCCCGACCCGGGUCCAUAAAGCUCGACACGUCUUCGGUAUUUACUGGGUUGAAAGUGAUAUACAGAACCGAAGGAUUCGCUGGAUGGUUCAGAGGUGUAGGACCUAGAUUUGUAUGGACAAGCGUACAAAGUGGAUGUAUGUUGUUCUUGUACCAAACAAUAUUGAGGAAGCUGGAAAUUUACGCAGCUUCAAAAGAGGAUUUGGAGUCUGCUCUGUAAUGUAUUGGACACCGUAAGGCAGGUCGGGUCAACAAGACAGGAACUGUAGGCAUUUGUAUAUCCGGAGCAUUGGGCGGCGUUAGCAUGCAUGCACAUGAGGGAUUGAUAGACAUUAGAUCUUCACUUUGAACGAAGAAAAAUAUGGACAAGAGUCCCAACUCUGUUAUGAU